UGUGAUCAGAAAUAAAAUGGACAAUAUUACAUAAUACUUGUGUCUUAUCAAGUACUCUAUAGCUUAUACUACAUGACCUAGUGAUAAGAAAAGUGUCGAGAUAACUUCACUAACCAGACGACCGUAUCCUGACCACAGCGACACCAUGAAUACUCUUGCAGUUCCAAUUAUUUGUAUUUUGAUUGCUAGUACCAAUGCAUUAUUAUUUGAUGUAAGUGGCGGACUCAACAAUUUAGAUGCAUUUCUUGUGAAAAACUGUAGGCCAGUAGCCGCUCCGGCUCACGGAACCGUGAAAUGUGCAUAUAGCACUACAGAUUUGAUUUGUACGGCAACAUGCGAUACUGGCUUCAGUUUCCAAGGUUUACCAGCAAACAGCCAACUUUCCUUAAGAUGCACCACAACAAGUAUAUGGGCUGAUGGUGAUAGAUUCCAAGACUGCGUGGCUGGUGACGGACAAACUGGAACUGGGACCAUUGUGGGCCCAAGACCACCAGUUUUCACAGGAAAAUGUAUUGACCAACUAUCAGCUUGUCCAGGGGAAGGCGACUUUACGGCCUGUACUGCCUGUAAUCAAUUUGUGACAUGCGCACCAGAUGGUAUUUUUAUCACCACAUGCCCACCACCUACAGUUUGGGACGAUAAUGAGAAGAAAUGUUCUAUGGUAUCAAAGACCUGCUCAUAAACAAUGAACAAUAAUCAAGAACUAGUUUCAUCAUAGAAAAAGAGUUUUAAUCAAAGUAUAUUGCCCAUUUAGUGUUACUUUGUAGUCCCGUGUCACGCAGAUACAAGUCAAAUUUAAAUGGAUCAUAAAGUCAUAAAAUAAUUUUCU